UCAGCUGGUUAACCAGCCGCCCAUAAACACAGAGAAGCAGAGUAGUAUAGUAGUUGAGGUGAGUUAGCUGUUAGCUGUUAGCUUGUUGCUACACCGAGAUGGACAAUGUCCCCGGUCUUUGCUCGUCAGUCUCUUGUGAAGACACCGGACCAGAGAACGGGGACAGCUCGUCCACAGAGGACGGAUAUGGAUAUGACGGACUAGUGGACGCGUUCGGUGAUCUGGCUGCUCUCCCGGUGGAGCCCGGAGACAGAAGACCGACCUGCUUACGGUGCCGUCGUCCUCAGAAGGUGUGUCUCUGUCCUUUCCUCCCACCUCAACCUCUGGACGUCUCCACAUGUCUCUACGUAGUGCAGCAUCCUGCAGAGGAGAGCAGAGUACUUCGAACGGUGCCACUACUUGCUGCUUGUUUGCCACAAGGAAAAUGCAACGUCAUAGUGGGACGGAGAUUCAACGAGGAGAAGCACCCGGACCUGGCAGCGGUGUGUCAGGACAGCAGGACGCUGAUCCUGUACCCGGGUCCCAAAUCCCAGAACCUGGAGGAGCUGGUGCAAUACCAGGAAGUCGGCACAGUGAAACAUAAUGUGAUCAUCAUAGACGGCACCUGGAGCCAGGCCAAAAACAUGUUCCUCAAAAACAGCCUGUUCCACCUGCCCAAACAGGUGCAGCUCAACAGGACUCUCUCCAGUCAGUAUGUGAUCCGCACACAACCCUCCAACAUCUGUCUGUCCACGCUGGAGUGUGCUGCUGUCGCCUUGUCCAUCCUGGAGCAGAACGACGAUAUCCAAGAGGUGCUGCUGAGGCCCCUGAAGGCGCUGUGCUCCUUCCAGCUGCAGCACGGCGCUCAGAUUCAUCACAGCAAGGAGCAUCUACUGAAGAACGGCAUGUACGACAAACCCAUGCCGAAGAACAAACGCAAGAUCAAGAGGAUGGAGAAACUCGUCACUGACCACAACAUCUGCCCCAGAUGAGGACGCGACUCAGCAGAGAAGCUCGACUCAUCUCUGUAAACACGGCGGUCUUAUCCGCUGCUCAGGACUGCAUCAUCAGGGCAGCAUGAAGCAGCAUCAGGGCACACAAACCACUGGACUUCUUUGAGUUUGUUUUUUUGUUUUGUUUUUCUAGAUUGUUUCUGGUAAAUGUAAUAUAUGUAUUUGUCAUUAAUUUUAGAUAAAUUAAUGACAAAUUAAAAUUGUAGUUUAAAUGUCAUGGUGUGACAAUAAAUCAGGUUUCAUUGUUUCAAAAACAAUUUACAUUGUUCCUCAUGCGUUUUAUAAACACUGUGGUGCUUCUGUUGGGAUUGACUUUACAACAUCUGGAAGGGCUGAUGUUUUUAGCAAAAUCAGAUGUGUUACAAAAUAAAAAAAUACCUCUCAAACGUGAUGUUCCAUGAAACUACCAGAUACACACAGUACUGCAGGAAAAAAGUGAGAAUUGUUUUGUACUGUAUGUGAGCACUUUCCAAUAAGGUACAAUAAGGCUGUAAUGUUUUUCAAAUACUUUACAAGGAUUGUUUUAUUAGAUAUUACACAGAAUGAAUUAAAGUAAACCUGGCUGCACAAGGUCCUCUAUAAUAAGAUUAUACAAUAAAAUGUACAUGGAUAAAUGUUA